AUGAAUUCUAUCAAUCGAAAUCCCAAGCCUAUUUCAAGAAAGCCAUCAUCGUUCAGAUCGGGAUUGAACAUAACUCCCACAACUAACAGAGCAGGGAGAUUCUCCAGCAAAAGUGACUUACUAGCUCGAUUCCAAGACAAUGAAGACAAUAAUGAAGAAGACAAUAUAUUCGAAGGGGAUGCAUUUGAAGAUUUACCUAUUGAAGAUGAAUUUAAAACUUUAAAGAUUAGUGCUAAUGAAUUGGAAACGUUAAGAUUAAAGAAAGACCGUGUUUCAAACGAUAGUAAUAAUAUUAAUAAUAGAAUUCAUCAAUUCCAAGACGAAGAUCCUGAUGAUCUAGGUUUUGGAGACGAGGAUUUUGUCCGUGAUGAUUUGCAGUUAAACUAUAGAACAACUCUAAAUGAACCGGAUGAUGACGAAUUGAAAUUAUCACCCGGGACUAUAUCUACUUCGUCGCCAAAGCCAAGAAUGAGGAGUAAAUCAUUAUCUGAAUAUAGUGAAGAUACAAAUGAUACUGAUGUAACCUCACAAUUUAAUGACGAUGAUUUUGAUGAUAUUAAUGAUGUUGAUGAUAUAUUCGGAAAUGAGGAAAGUGGAAUAUAUAGUAGUGGGGGCAAUGGAAAUACCAGCAAAGCCAAUAGACAUUUAUUAAUGAAACAACAGAAAUUACAAAAUGAUGCAGAAAUUGAAGAAAGAGAGUUGUUUAAGAAAUACAAAAGGCUUGCAAAUGAUGAAACCAAUACGUUGAAAUUGAAAGAUUUCACAUUCUAUGACCACAACCCUAUAGAUACCGAUGCAUUAGAGAAUGAAAAAACGGUUGAUUAUGAAUAUACCAAAGAUGAUUUUGAAAAUUUUGAAGAUGGUUUUGACACGGAUGUUCCCAUAAAAUUAGAUGUUGAUAAACUAAAGCAAUAUGCUCGGGGUAAUAAGACUGUCAACAUAAAGAGCUCCAUGCCCAAUUUCAAUAACAAGAAUAAUUUGUCGAAAGCAAAAAAGUAUAAGUCAACUAUGGAUUUAGUUAAUGAAUUUGAGACACAACAUCCCGUGUUUAAUAACAAUAACAAGAUUAUACGAAAAUUGGAUCGAAUUCCUUCUUUUUAUAAUAAAAAUGAUGCGAUGAAAUCAAAUAAUUCGAAGCUAAAUCAUGAUAUUGAAUUGGAAAAACAACAAUUAUUAAACAAAUACAUGGAGAUAACAGAGAAGCAAAACCGUUUAAAUAAUAGACAUCGCAAAAAAAACUUAUCCAUGAAACAUCCAAACGGAAAAAAUAAACGAAUUGGCUUGGUAAGAUACUUAAACGAUAAUCCAAUACCUCAAUCUAAUAAUAACAGCAAAAUGAAGUAUAACCCAGUUAACAAGAAGUGGGAAGGGAAUGAUAUAGAGUUAGUAAAAUUUGAGAACUUGAACGUACCUAAACCACUGCUAAUAUCCUUUAGUGAAUUCAAGAAUAAUAUGAAAGACAAAAAGCUACAGGGAAAUAUGGUUUAUGACCCAGAUCAGCUAAAAUGGAUAAACUUGAAUAAGGACGAAGACAAUGUGUUUCAAGGAUUACCAGAUUUACCAGAUUUGCAAAUUAAUAAACGAUCUGUUCCAAACUCACCCACAAAAACUGUCGGGCGAGGGGUGAGUGCCUUUACACAGAGAACCGGAUCUACCAAUUCUAUUGCAUCAAAUAGUCCAAAUAGUAAUGAAUUUGAAGUACCUCCAAGGUUAAUAGAAAAAUUUCACAAGGAAGAAAUGAAGUUGCUGAAGAAAAUCAAUUACUGGUUUCAACAGGAAAACUACGAUUUGAUUAAUAGCGAUUUCAAUCAUAAUUAUUUUUGGGAGAUUAGAAAGAUGGUGAUAGAUAAUGAAGAUUAG